AUGGACCUCACCGGCUACUCAGGUGUGAGACAGGUGUGGGACAGGGGGACCGGGACCAUGGACCUCACCGGCUACUCAGACCCCUACGUGAAGGCCUCGCUGAUGGCCGAGGGCCGGCGGCUGAAGAAGCGCAAGACGUCCAUCAAGAAGAACACGCUGAACCCCAACUACAACGAGGCGCUGGUGUUCGACGUGCCCCACGAGAGCGUGCACCACGUCAGCCUCACCAUCGCCGUCGUCGACUACGACUGCAUCGGGCACAACGAGGUGAUCGGGCUGUGCCGCGUGGGCAGCGACGCCGACGGCCCCGGCCGCGAGCACUGGGCGCAGAUGUUGGCCAACCCCCGCAAGCCCAUCGAGCACUGGCACACCCUGGUGGAG